CAACUCGCCAGUCCCCACCGGCAUUCUCCAAACAUGCAGCUCACGCAAGCCGCAUAUCUCCUCCUCUCCCUAUCCGCCACCUCCUUAGCAGCUCCAGGCGCGGUGACAACGUACGUCGUCCCGCGGUCCCUGUACGACGAGCUCCAAUCCGUCGGCUACCUCGACCGACGCUCCACCAUAAACGUCGUCCCGGAGACGCGGUCCUUUGCCGACGACGAGCCGCACCUGGCCAAGCGCUGGGGCAUCAGCAUCGGCGCCAGCAGCGACAAGAGCAAGGGCGUCGGCAUCACCCCUUGGCUGUGCGCCAAGCUCGGCGACGGCGCCAGCAUGACCUGCGGCAUGAUGAAGCCCUACUGCCAGGUCGUCGACGCCGACUCGCCCGGGAACAGGAGGCUCAUCCCCGCGGACCCGGACGUCUCGGACUGCGGCAUCAAGAACGGCGUCUGCGCAAAGUGGGACCUGUUCUGCAAGGACAAGCCGGACUACAAGCCCAGCGACGACGUGCCUAAUGCGCCUGUUAUGGGGUGAUUUGGGGGGAA